AUGAAGCCUGCAAUCGCAGCCAUCGUUUUGAAUCUAGAUCUGGAGGGUUGGUCAGGCUUGCCUCUAGAGGAAUUGCUGACUGAAAAGGAGAAAAAUUCUGUGAAGGUCGGCGAAAUAAAAAGAGGGAGCUUGUCACUUCCUGAUGUCAAUCUGCCGUUGAGCAAUCAAGAGGAAUAUGUUAUACUGGAGGUAAAUAAGGAGAAUGAGAAUGAGACUGACUCAUCGAAUACUAAUAAUGAGGAAGAGGCUCAGUCAUCUUCAAUGCUGAAAAAACGUUCACUCGAAAUGGAAGAUGAACAAGAUGAACCUCCAGCUAAGAAAGCCGUGUCUCAGUAA